AUGACAAUGCCAUCACCUGAUACAAAUGCAGCAUCCGUAUCAAUUAUUCCAAACGCCAUGUGGCAAUCGCCUUGUUUAAUCCAAGAAGGUUCUCUUGUUAUUCUUUUUGAAACGCAUCAUUCCGUCACAUAUUGUUACGCUCAACGUCACGCCAUUUAUCAAAAUCGUCAUGGUGCAUUUUAUCACAAUGAUAUGAUCGGUCAACCCUUUGGUUCCAAGAUCAUUUCAAGAAAGAAAAAGGCCAUGGGGUAUUUAAUUCUUUUGGCUCCAACACCCGAACUUUGGAGUCGCGCAUUGCGUCAUCGCACGCAGAUUGUUUUUACACUGGACGCUAGUGCCAUCAUGUUUGCGGCUGCUUUGCACUCGGGUUCACGUGUCGUCGAGUCUGGAACGGGCAGUGGGGCACUCACUACGAGUUUUGCGCGGACAGUAGCACCUCAUGGUCACGUGUUUACCUUUGAGUUCAAUGCCCAUCGUGCCGAAAUUGCGCGUCAAGAAUUCAAACGGAAUGGCUUGGAAAGCGUCAUCACGGUGGAAUGCAGAGACGCAUGUGAGCAAGGGUUUCCUGAGGAGCUUGAGAGAUCCAUUGAUAUGGUGUUUUUGGACUUACCUAGCCCCUGGUUAGCUGUCGGUCAUGCCGCCAAGAUGCUGAAACAAGGAGGAUUCUUUGCAUCCUAUUCACCAUGCAUUGAGCAAGUGCAAAAGACGUGUGGUGCUUUAAGAAGCGCACAUUUUGAGUUGAUUCGCACGAUUGAAACGAGGCUGAUACCGUACAAUUCACGACGAAUUGAUCUUCCCGUGCCGGACUUUGGAUUUGGAAAAAAGGUGCAGACAAAGAAUGGAACUGCGACAUUGACGGAUGUCGAGAACGAGUUAGAAGAGAAAACGGAGCAGGAACCGAGGAAGAACGGCGGACGCAAGCGCAAGUAUGUGCCUGGCGGUGUCGGAGAACACAUUGUGGCCAAGAAGGACGAUGAGAUCCGCGGACACACUGCGUACCUCACGUUUGCUACCAAGUUCUUCGAGUAA